GGAAGAGGCGGCCGAAGCGAAGUCCGGCGGGGCCGCGAGCCAGCGUGCGAGUGGGAGGAGGCGACGGCUCUGGGCUGAGGUGCGAGGAGGAGCGCGCGACGGCCGACUCGAAGAGCGGAUGUAAGUCAGAGUACAGCAGAAAAUGUCCACUGAACGGACUUCUUGGACAAAUUUGUCCACUAUUCAGAAAAUAGCACUGGGCCUCGGGAUCCCAGCAGGUGCAACAGUUGCCUAUAUCCUAUACCGCAGAUACAGGGAAAGCAGAGAAGAACGUCUGACAUUUGUUGGGGAGGAUGACAUCGAGAUAGAAAUGCGAGUGCCCCAGGAGGCUGUAAAGCUCAUCAUUGGCCGUCAAGGAGCCAAUAUUAAACAGCUGCGGAAACAGACAGGUGCUCGGAUUGAUGUGGACACGGAGGAUGUAGGCGAUGAGCGGGUGCUGCUUAUCAGUGGUUUUCCUGUUCAGGUGUGCAAAGCCAAAGCAGCAAUCCAUCAGAUCCUGACAGAGAAUGCUCCAGUGUCUGAGCAGCUCUCAGUUCCCCAGAGAUCUGUGGGCAGAAUCAUAGGGAGAGGUGGCGAGACGAUUCGUUCUAUCUGCAAGGCCUCUGGAGCCAAAAUUACCUGUGACAAAGAAUCAGAGGGGACAUUACUACUAUCAAGACUUAUUAAAAUCUCAGGAACACAGAAGGAAGUGGCAGCAGCCAAGCAUUUGAUACUAGAGAAAGUUUCAGAAGAUGAAGAACUUCGGAAGAGAAUUACUCAUUCUGCAGAAACCAGAGUCCCACGCAAGCAGCCAAUCAGUGUAAGAAGAGAGGAAGUGAGAGAGUCAGGUGCAGCUGGAGAGCCAGCUCUAUGGAAAAACUCUGGUACUAGCAAGGAGCAGGCUUCACCACUGGCAGUUCCUCCCUGCAAAGGAGGUGGUGACAUGGUUGCCAUAGGGCCAGAAGAAAGUUCCUGGGAGAAACCUAAUGGUGACAGCUUUCAGAAGUCUGGAGCCCAGAGCAGUCCAGAGAUGUCCAUGUUUGAAAUUCCCAGUCCUGACUUCAGUUUCCAUGCUGAUGAGUUCCUGUAAGUCUGCUCUGCUUCUGAACAUCCUAACCACUUCUGGAUUCAAAUCAUUGGUUCUCGAAGCCUGCAAUUGGAUAAGCUUGUCAAUGAGAUGACCCAGCACUAUGAGAAUAGUCUGCCUGAAGACUUGACUGUGCAUGUAGGAGACAUUGUAGCAGCACCUUUAUCUACAAAUGGUUCCUGGUAUCGAGCCCAGGUCCUUGGCACUUUGGAGAAUGGGAACCUAGACCUCUACUUUGUUGACUUUGGAGAUAAUGGAGAUUGCCCACUGAGGGACCUCAGGGCACUCAGGAGUGACUUCCUAAGUCUUCCAUUUCAAGCAAUAGAGUGUAGUCUGGCACGGAUCGCCCCCUCAGGUGAACAAUGGGAAGAGGAAGCUUUGGAUGAGUUCGACAGGCUUACUCACUGUGCUGACUGGAAGCCUCUGGUGGCCAAGAUCUCUAGCUACGUCCAGACUGGUACCUCAACUUGGCCCAAGAUCUACUUAUAUGAUACUAGCAAUGGGAAGAAACUUGAUAUUGGAUUAUAAUUAGUUCGUCAAGGUUAUGCAGUUGCUCCUGACGAAAUGGAAGAAACCAGAACUGUCCCAGAUGUGUUACAUGAUGCGGUGAACACAGAAACAGAUGUUUCUCUCAGCAGCAUGGUCAAUGAAACCAAAAAGAGCUCUGGAGAGAUAGCGAAAUAACCCUCUCCCUGCCUCAGCUUAUCAGGGAUUUGUGCCUGGAGAGAGGAGCCUAUAGAAUAAAGAGAUCUAUGCAGUUCUUCCUUUAUUACACAAUAUGGUUUGCUGUGGACCAAAUGCAUUUUCCUUCCAUGGGAUGACCAGAAAGAGUAUGAGGCAGAGGGAGAUACUCCACCCCACACCCAACCUUCCUUCCAGUGUUUUGAAUACUGCUGCAUUAUGUCCAGGCUGCUCAACAUCUGGCUUGUUUCCCUCAAGCCAGUCCGAAUGCACACUUCUGCUAGGCUGUCCUUUUUGAGGCUGGGAAGCAGCCAAGGUUUGGUCGUUAGAAGUGAUGAUUCUGCACACUUUUGGACUCACCUUCUCAGGUGACUCUGGUGAAGGGAAGUUUUUGAGUGAUGAAAGACUGCAGUUGAGUCAGAAGGCAAAGGCAAACUCAGCAUAUUUGUAUUAAAAACCCUCAGGAAGUGGGAGAGAGAAUGCUGCCUUUUAUCCUCAAUUGCUGAUGCUAUUGGAGACAAGUCUUUUGAAAACAGUGUUCCAUCUAUUUUUCUGUACACUUUGGUUAAAAUAUAAGCAAGGGGAGAGGCAGCUCAGGAAAUAUUCUAGAUUGCUAGUAUAGCAUCUAUAA